AUGCCGUCCGCCUCGAGCUCCUCCACGCACUCCGAUUCGCCGCCUGCUUCUCUGCAUCUUCCCUCGCCGUUUGUAGACACGGCCAAAGAGUCUGCCCACCUCGCCUUUGCACCCAUAGCGCUGGCGCAAUACCACAACAUUGUCGAAAAACUGGCCUCCAACAACCUCUACCGCAUCCUCCGCGCACCCGGGCCCAUUCGUGUAUGGGUCUACCGAUCGCUACUCGCCGAGCAUCAACUGUGGAAUGACUGGGACCGCCGCGCACCUUUAGAUCCCGACGUGAAGCCUGAGAAGGAGCCAGCCAUGGCCGAAAGCAGCAUCAACGACACGGAGAGCGUGGGCGACUCAGAGCGGCCCGAGAGCUCGACUGGCAUGACCGCGCGACCCUACCUCACCCGACUACGCCUUGCGCUCGCGCCCUAUACAGUCCAUUUCCACAAUCCAGGCUAUGUCCGGGAUGAUACACUGCGCAUGCUAGAGCGGGAUGUUGUCAAGAAGACGCUGGAAGAGUCGCGGAAGAGCCUCGAGUUGCGCGAAGAGCUCGGCCUCUCGUGGGAGUUCUGGGACGAUCUUGCUGGCGUGCUCAAAGCCGCCAUACCCUCGCUCGAACGCCGUUGUUUCGCUGCGCCGGAUCCUGCUGCGCCAGAAUACGAGGGUUUAUCGGGCCCGCUGAUUGCAAGCUAUUCGCCGAGUCUGCUUAGGGAUCUGGAACGGCUGAACCAGCUCGUGUGCAUUGCGAGGAAUGUGCAGGUCCAUGGCGAGAGGGUGCAGAACCUGAGCGCAGACAGGCUCUUCGACAAGGACAUCUUCGCGCUCAUAAACGUCUGCGUACGCGUUACAGCGCGGGGCUACGAUGGUGAGGCUGGAACCCAGGACGAAGACAAAUGGCAGGGCGUCAUUAAUGCGUACAAGAAGCUGCUCAUCACUUGUCUGCAAUUCCUCAAUAAUCUCAUCGCACGAAAUGAGCAGCGGAAGCUCAUGCUUUGGAUCGAACUGUUCGAUAGUCAUCUCGAUAAUGAACUACCCAAUUUCGCAGACAUGAAGUACAAGAUGGAUGAGUUUCCGCAACAAGAUCAAGGCCCGCCACCGGAAGAGCAGCCUCUGCCCACUCAUGCGGCGCGUAGUUUGGAUGCAUUCAAGAUUCCACAGCAGCCUGCGUCUUCGCCAUUCCUUCUCUACAUCGGUGAGACUGGCAACGACGUGAAGAAGGCCCUGAUACAUCAUGGUGUCAAGGCAGGCGCCAAUGAAAUUGCCGCCGAGUGCCGGCGGCGGUGGCAGACCAUGGGCGAAGAGGAGAAGAACAAAUGGAACAUGCUGUAUGCCGAUGUCGUUGCCAGAUACCGUGACCAGAUCACUCAGUCCAGCACAUACCGCAAAGUCGUGGAUCAGCAUGCCAAGAACGAAGAAAGUGUACAAGCACUGGCGAAAAGCAUCAACCAACUCCAAGUGGAGGUCGACAGGAUGCGAUCAUCUAUCACUGCUCUCCCUGGCGACGAAUCCAACCGCGAGCAACAAACGUCCCCACCCACAGCGGAGAAACAAUCCCCAAAACCAGCAUUGGAUGACUCGUUACUAGAUCCCAGCAUCAAACGGUCUCCCCCGGCAGGUGAGAUCGAUUUCCGUGUGACAUACCCGCCAUCCUUCGGUGCGGAGAUCCUCCAAAAUGGCAAAGAAGAUCUGCUAAAGCGUCUGGAGCCAGACCCCGACCGUCCAUCAGGGCUAAUCAGUGACGUAGCGUCUCCAACCUCUCCUCCGCCAGAGGAUGACGAUGACAAUGAUGACGACUACGAUGACAUUCCUGGUGAUGAAGGCCGAGGGUUACUCACAGAUGUUCCGCUUAUUCUGGGUCCUACCGAGAUUGAGGUUCUGCCUAUGAUCAUCAUGGCUGGAAUCGUUGAGCCAACGGAAGGACAGCCAGGUCACCACUCCGACCCGACUGUUUUCAGUAGUGUCAGAAGCAUGCAUGGCGUUCGCUGUCAUUUGCUUCUUGCGCAGGACAAUGGCCGAAAUCUGCUGCGCGAGUUGUUGAUCUUUGUUGCUGCUUGGGAUCUGCGCGAGGAGGAGUUGUACUUCAAAUUCAUGGUCAAGAUCAUGGAGGCUAUUCUCGCGAACCAGCUGCUGCCGUUCGCUUACCAUGCCUUUAGAGAGUCUGAAUCUAAGGACAUCAUUUCUCCGGCCCAGGCAGUCAUCAUGAAGCUUCUCACAAAUAUCUUCCGUGCCAGACAAGCCCGCGCGCAGCCCACCAAGGGCCAUCUCAAGGCGAACCACCCGCAAGUGGACCAAGGCGAUGUCCACAUGGUCAACUUUCUACUCACCGAGUUCCGCCGCCAUAUCAUUCCCCAAACAUGCGCCCUCAUCUUCCUGCAAGGCCAAAUCCGCGCGGGACAUGCGCAACCCGAGGACUUUCCUCUUAAUCUGUGGGACAUGGAACGCAUGUACGAGGGCGUGUACCAAUACCUAGAGUUCUUCGCCAUUCUUACAGAACACGAGACAUGGAAGAGAAUGCUGAGCAACUGGGAGAUCUCACAUGAACUGGUCACCCUACUGAAAGAGCUGGACGCAGCGAUACCCAAGGGUCAGCUGUCGCCGCCUCCUCUGAGAAAUGUUCAGCACGCGCCACCACCUCCAGCACCAGUAGAGGUUAACAUCCCCUCGCCACAACAACAGCAGCAGGAUCAGCAGCAGCCAUCACAACCACAACCUGUCGCUGUUGAACGACCCUACGAUACUACAGCCGGAGCAGCCGAGCCAUACAUCCCGCCACCUACAUCACCAUCACCCCGACCAUACAUGGACGAAGCAGCUGACGAGCCCUCAGACUUCGAGUGGCGCAAUCUGAAGAAGCUCGCAGUUCUCGUCCUCAGUUCCCUGGUUUGGAAGAACAAGCACGUCCAAGACCAGAUCCGCCCACUCGGCGGCAUCGAAGCCGUACUAAACUGCUGCUCCUACGACGAACACAACCCCUACAUCCGCGAACACGCCAUAAUGUGUCUCCGCUUCCUCAUGGAAGGCAACAAAGAAAACCAGGACCGCAUCCACGCGCUGGAAAAGUACAACCAAGACGCCAACGCAAAGGCAAAAACCCCCGCAGCGCCAGCAGCCAGCCCAAACCCUAAUCCUGCUGUCUCUGGUGAGAGCAGUGGGAGUGGGAGUGGCAGCAGCAACCGAUCACCAGUCAACGUUCGCGUCCCCGACGAAGUGCUCGACCAACAAGGGUACGAAACCUACAUGGACAAACAAGGCCAGGUCAUGUUAAGGAAACGUCAACAUGUGCCGCAGUCUUCGGCGUCGAUGCAGCAGCAAAUGCCAAUUCAGAAUGUGUCGCUGACGCCGAGGACAGAUAAUGGGGGUGGGAAUGGCAAUCAAAACAUCAAUAACAAUAGCAACCUCCCUACCAAUACCAAUAACAACGGUAGUGGUAGUGCCAAAGGCAAGGCCAAAGUAGACUCUGCCCAAGCUGUUUGGGAUAACAUGCGAGCUACUGCCUUGGGUGGGAUUGGGGGUACUAUGACGGGUGCGGGUGCGGGCGUGAGGGAUCCUAAGGCGUUGGAGGAGAUGGUCGAGCGCGUUAUGCAUAAUUUACCUAGGUUGCAGGGGCUUAGGGGUGGGGAGGAGAGGGCGGUGGAGGUGGAGGAGGCGUUGAAGAAGUUGGACAAGGGGUUUGAUGGGGGGUCGUAG